AUGGAUGAAUUGGCUUCUGUCAUCCAGAGUCAAGCCACAGCACAGGCACAAGAGAGAACGCCGACUGUUCCGCCUCUUGGGUUGGCAGAUUCGGCCACCGUCAGGACCCGCGAGAAUGCGGCGACAAAGUAUGGUGAGACGGUCAAUGUUGUUGAUACGAACAGACGCCCGGCGGAUUCCGGCAAGAGCGGCACCUUUUUGAUCAGCCUCAAAGCAUCUACCGAGUGA